UCCUCUUGUCUGGACCAGAAGAGAGGGGAAGAGAGAGCUUGUUGGCUUUCACUGUGACUACCACUACUAUUGCUGUUAUACUGUCAUACCUUUGGAAUUUCCGGAGGGUCAUCGCUGCUCAUUCGUGCGAGUUGUUUUCGUGGAAUGUUUGCCAGAAUGUCUCUUUUGAACCCGAUUCACAGUCAUACGAUUCCAUUUUGUGAGAUUAGGUACGAGGGCCUCCUUCUCCCUCUGCAAUUGCGGCCUCUAGUUUGCCUCUACGGAGGGCGGUGCUUAUUUCUGUUGUGUAGACUGAAUGACGACAUUGCCUUGUUCAGGGGAACUCCAGAGGAAUCUGCUGGCGUGAUGCUGAGUGGAACACUCGUUUUCUCCGUUAAAGAGCCAGUCCCCGUUCGGUCAAUCUCUUUGUCGCUGGUGGGCUGGAGAAGGCUGCAGUAAGUCCUUCCCUCCCGCUUGAAACAAGGCCCGAGCCGGGGACGAGGCAUAGUUAUGAUAGUGAAAAAGGCUUGGACGCUGAUGCUCCGGAUUCCCUUCCGCAUUGUUGUACAAAGUUGGCAGGAAAGGACUUCCACAGGUUCUAUCGGCAUUCCUUUCAGGUCGGUUAAAAGCGAGAGCGUAGUGUUCGAGAAGAAGUGGGAUUUCUUGGGGUUUUCUCACAGCAACCCUGUGACGCUGGGCCCGGACAAUUAUGAGUGCAGCUUUAGCACUGUCCUGCCCGGUGGUUAGUUUGUUCCUCCUCCUACCAAUUUACUCGUGUGGCGGCAGGGCGUCUCCGAAUUUUGCUCUUCGUUUGUGAAUUUGUGCGCUGACACUUGCGCCGGCGGAGCCUAGAUCUCCCCGAGUCGAUCGUGGGGCUGGAGCACGCUCAGGUAUUCUAUCGGCUAAAAGCAGUGAUUGAGAGGCCCCUGUUUGCGCAGAAUAUCACUGCGAAGAAGGUGAGUCAGCCGAACGUUUGUGGAGUGUGCGGGUUUAUUGGUAUUUGUGAAAUAUGUGGGGCUAGGGCUGACUGGAUUUCCCGGCCCGGAUAGCAUUUAAGGGUGGUCUGGACUUUGGGUCCUAGUGCGUUGGAGCUAUCACAGACUGCGGUGGGUUUGGCGUGUUGCCGGUCACAUCCCCCAGGGUUCUUUUUCCUAACAUGCAUACCCUUGUAGUCCGUGGAGAAGAUUUGGCCCGACAAGGUGGAAUAUUCGAUUAGUACUCCCAGCAAGGCUGUUAUUUUUGGAUCAUCCAUUCCUAUCGAUAUUACACUUGUGCCUCUGCUUAAGGGACUUACUGUAGAGAAGGUUAUUUGCGACUUUAAGGAAUUGCAUAACUUUAGCCACCCCGAGAGGGGCACUACCAAGAACGAUACCAGGCACAUUUUGCAGCAGACUUUUGAGAAUUGGGGGAUUGAGGUGGAGGAUGAUGAUGAGGAUUUCGGAAGUUGGAGGCUGCAGGGCAGCGUCGAUCUGCCAAAGAGCUUGGUUAGAUGCGUUCAGGAUUGCGAAGGUGACUUCAUCGAAGUUAGACAUAGGUGAGUAUUCACGACGGAUCUAUGGGCGGCGCCGGAACUACUGUUAACCGAAACCUCAGACUCAGAUUCGUGGUCAAGCUUCGCAACCCCGAUGGGCACGCCUCUGAGGUGGGUUUGACUGAAUGUUAAGAUUUGUUUUCAAUCGCUGACGUAUAAUCACAGAUACAUACAUCCCUUCCCGUACAACUAUUCAUAUCUCCAAAUCUACUGAUGGACGAAGACAAUGUCAUUCAUCGGACCGCCUCAUCAAGGGACCUCGCCCUGCCUCAAAGCCAAGCGCCUCCGCGUUAUGACGAACAUUACCUGGAUCAACUAUAUGACGGCCUACCCCAGGACCACUACGGAACCCCGAUGCAGACUCCACUCCCUUCUCGCCCACACUCGCCCAACCUCUUGCAGCAGAACUCCUCCGAGAAUCUUGCCCCAUUUCCGCCAAGUGGUUCAGGAAGGUCCGUUUCUUCCAUGCCGCCAAGGACACCCAGCCACGGGGGUACCGGAGGCGCUAGUGCCCCGCUAGCACCCCCGACUUCGCCAGCCGGGGUCACGGGAGAAGGAGAAGCAGCACAGUUGGGCCGACACGGCAGUGGGGACUACUUUUCGAGGCCGGCGGGAUUAGGUGGACACGCUACGCACUAUAGUGGGCCUAGGAUGAGAGCGCACUCGUCGGAUAAUCUGCCGGGGGGUGAGUUGGAUCUCAACACAAUAUCGAGAGUCCCGUCGUAUAGCGCUGCGGUUCGUUCGGGAACAGGGAAUUUGAGUUCUGCUUCAAGCCUACCUACCUACGAUGAUAGACUCCGCAGCGCACCUGGCAGCCCAGCCGGUCGCCCCCUGAGCAGUCAGCCCCGCGAGUCCUUCCAUGACACCUUGCGUGCACUCCGGUAGAGACGGAAGCGAUAGGCAGAGGUCGGGGAGAGAUCACCGCAGACGCCACACCGGUGGAGCUACUGAUUCUGACAGUGGCGGAGGGCGCUCUUUCAUCACAGGCUGAGAGAAGGCUGAGGAGAUUUUGGCUUAGGGGACGG